AUGCCAGUCACUCAGCUGUCCCAGCUCAAGCCGGGCCAAUUAGUUUCGAUCGUCCUCAAAGCAGACCAGCGCACGGGGCGGCAAGUUCAAGGCACCGUCUCCCAACUGCUCACCCGCCACAACCACCCCCGAGGGAUCAAGGUCAAACUGACCGACGGCCGAGUCGGACGAGUCCAGCAGAUUCUCACGCAGGCACAACCAGUGUCGCACGGCAGAAUGUCGUCAAAUAACCCCUGGGCCAGCACUGAAAGCCAAGGGAACCCUUACACCUCACCGACCUCCGAACAACCGAACCAGGGCGCCGCGCAGUCCUACUACCAGUCCCGUCCUUCGCAGCAGAACCAGAACCAGCCGCAGCAGUAUCAGUACCAACAACCGCAACACCAAUCGUCCACGCCGGGGCAAGGGAUCAACCGCUCCGACACCGAGCAGCUGCUGGCGCAGCAGACCGACCGGGCAGAACAGGUCGAGCACAUGCAGCAGUACGAGGCGAAUGCCCGGCAGACAGAGGACGACAGGAUCCAGGCGCAACUCCAGAAAGAGUUCCCGAAUAUUGACAGCAGCCUGAUAGCCGCAAUAUACAAUGAGAGGAAGGGACAGGGCGAUCUGGGCGAGGUCCGGGAGUUGUUGCAAGAAUUGAACACCACUUGA